AUGUCAGAUCUUGAUGAUUUGGCUGGGGAGAUACUUUUUAGGGUUCCAUUGACAUCGCUCACAGCAGUGCGAUCUACUUGCAGAAACUGGAAUGCUCUAUCCAAAAAUCAAAUUGUUGGUAAAAGAGCAACAUCAAGUAAGCAGUUUAUCGUGUUUGUGCUGAUGGGUUUUAGAGUUCAUUCAAUGAAAUUCGAGCUCCAACGAAUCCACAACGAUGUCAACAUGGUUGAUCCAUCGAUAAAGCAAGUAAGUAUAUUUGACCAAGUCAAGAUAUCUAAAGUCUUGCACUGCCAUGGUUUAUUGUUAUGCGUCGUCGAAGACGAAAACCGUGUUGGAACUUAUUUUUGA